AUGUCAGUUCUCUUUAACAACACUUCACCAACAUCUCUGACUUUCUUUCUGACUGGUGUUCCUGGGCUAGAAGCUGCUCAUACCUGGAUCUCCAUUCCCUUUUGUUGUCUCUACAUAGUAGCCCUUUCUGGUAAUGGUAUGAUUUUGUUUGUGAUUGUUACUGAGCCAAGCCUCCAUGAGCCAAUGUACUAUUUCCUUUCUAUGCUCUCUUCCACUGACUUGGGAUUGUGUAUUUCCACCUUAUUUACUGUGUUGGGAAUAUUCUGGUUCAAUGCCAGAGAAAUCAGUUUUAAUGCCUGUUUGGCUCAGAUGUUUUUUAUUCAUCUCUUCACAUUCAUGGAGUCUUCAGUACUCUUGGCCAUGGCCUUUGAUCGCUUUGUGGCCAUCUCUAACCCACUGAGGUAUGCCACCAUUCUCACACACUCAAGAAUAACCCAGAUCGGGGCAGCAAUUGUUAUCAGAGGUACAGUCAUCCUGAUACCCCUUGUCUUGCUUCUCAAACGCCUCUCUUUCUGCCGGAGUCUUGUUCUUCACCAUUCUUAUUGUUUUCAUCCUGAUGUUAUGAAACUCUCAUGUUCAGAUACCAAAGUCAACAGUGCAUUUGGUCUCACUGCAAUAAUUUCUACUGCUGGAGUGGAUUCAGUCUUCAUCCUCCUCUCCUAUAUUCUAAUCAUCUGCUCUAUCCUCAGCAUUGCAUCACCAAAGGAACGAAAAAAAGCCUUCAGUACUUGUAUCUCCCAUGUAACUGCUGUAGCUAUCUUCUAUAUUCCUCUGAUCAGCCUGUCUUUUGUCCAUAGAUUUGGAAAACGAGCCCCUCCUUAUGUCCCCACCCUCAUUGCCAAUAUUUACCUGCUUAUUCCCCCUGCAAUGAACCCCAUCAUUUAUAGUGUAAAGACCAAACAAAUCCGAAAAGCUAUUCUCAAAGCCUUUCAUCCCAAGGGAAUCCUGAUCUGA